UCCGUAUAAAUACCCGAGAAUUCGUUGGUAGAUUCGAGUAGAAGCAAACGCAGAAGCAAAAAUGCGUACAACAGUACUGUGUCUUCUCGCCAUCGUUGGCGCUACGUGCGCCCUAAACAUUCCAUCUCUUCUGUCUCCGAAAUCGGCGAUUGAUCGUGGUACUGCGCUGUUAAAUGGAAAUCUUCCUAAACAGCAACAAGCUGCAAGCCAAUCGUCCGAUAGUUCCUCUUCAUCUUCCCAAAAAGAUGACAAGAAUACUCAGGACCUAGCUAAAGAAUUAGCGCAAAAGCUUAUUGAGAAUGCCGAGCACGGCGUAGGAUCCAUGGUACAAUUACCAUUGAAACUAGCCACUGGAGGUGUUAAAAGUUUUGAAGAUGUUGCGAAAAACUGGUUAGGCGAAGUACUUAAUCCAGAUCAAAUGAGGGACGAAGCUAAAGUUGCGAAAGCAGCCGGUGAAAUGGCAAAGAAAGCCGGUUCUGUCAUGAAGGAUUCAAUUGAGAAUGCUGGAGUCAAUUUGCUGCGUCCUGUAAAACUGAAAGCAAAUAUAAUCGACAAAAUUGCUCAGGCUAUUGCAGGAGUGAUCAAAGAUCUUCUUGGUUCAGGUUCUUCGACUACUGCAGCUCCUUCUACAACAGCACGACCUAGCAGGCCAUCCCCAUCCAGACCUGCUACAUCAAGCUCAGCUGCUCCUUCUACAACAGCACGACCUAGCAGGCCAUCCCCAUCCAGACCUGCUACAUCAAGCUCAGCUGCUCCUUCUACAACAGCACGACCUAGCAGGCCAUCCCCAUCCAGUAGACCAACUUCACCCCGUCUUACUAUCACUAGGGAUAGUAUUUUGAGAAGUCUGAAGGUUCAUGUAGACAUUUAA